AUGAUUGGACAAAAUCGUCAAAAUCUUGAUAAUACCUCCUUUAACGCCGAUGCAGCCAGGAUAUCUUCCUUGGAAAUUCAGCGUCGCUGGCCAGACAGUAAGGCCAAGAUCAGUUUCCGGAAUUAUCCAGUUCAGUAUGUCCUGCUGCCAAGUGCCAGGGGCGGAUACACGAGGCGUUAUGUCCACAAUCUGGGCAAAGCAGCUGCAGCACCGACCACUGAGCGCCCUUUGGUGCGGGUUUGGAACAGUUUUGUUAGGAGUGUGACCCCCUCUAUCAGUUUCCGCAACUUAACCAAUCCACUGGCCAACUUCUUUAACGAUGGCACUGCCAACAUUAUAGAGACCUCUCCCGUUGUGCUCCAGGCCUACGAUGACGAGCAAAACAGUCAUCAGGAAGAACCGUAUCCAGUGGUCCAGGAGAGUUCCAACAAACGCAGGCGAAAGCGACGCAAGCAACAGAAACGACGUCCCACUUUCGGUUCGGAAGAAUAUGGCGAUCCAUACAAUCCUUACGAUCCGUAUUUUACGCAAUCUCCACCAUUGUCUCCCGAACAACCCAUGUUCUUCUAUGACACGAACUCCGGUAACUACUACGGAGUCCAGCGCUAUAGUCCGCAGGAUUUCCAAGCCAAUUUUUUCAACAGUUUCCACGCCCAGGAUGAGGCCGAACCGGAGGUUGAGUCCCCCGCGGAACAGAUUCCGGUGCUGAGAAAACUCAGCACUCGGAAGGUAACCCUUCUGCGCCCAUUGCCCUUGUCAUCGGCUAAAGUUCAAUCCCAAUCGCAUUUGGCCGAAACCGUGCAGCCAGAACCAACCAAUAGCAACGAAGAGGUGGCGGAGGAGAGCGAUCUUAACGACAGCACCGCAACGAGCGAUGCACCGACUAGCGAAGACGACGGUGAAAUUGACUCCCAGUCACCACUCUCCGAGAGCAUGCGCAAUUCACUAGGAGCGUAUAUGCGCGACGAUCACCACACCCGCCAGCGUCAGAGGCAGUCCGGCAUUGAAGGAAGAGUCUUUGAUUCCUCCGCUAAAGUCUCUCCCCGCAACCAACAACGUCGCUAUUUUAGGCUGGGCGCCUGGUGAUCCGAUCUAAACUAUCUUGAAUAAACGCUGUGUGUACUGGAUGA